CCAGCCCGAUUAAAAUGACAUAUGGCGCCUACAACGUGGGACGUGACCUGCCCAUCCCCCAGAUAAGUGACAAUUUGGCUACCUAUGCACUAUGGCCUUCUCUUCUGCUCGUUGAAGAGAUCUCCAAAGGCCUCUGCCCUUUCUUCACGAGACUGUUUUGCUGUUUCUGGAACAUUUAUCUCUGGACCACUCUGUGGUUUCCGCCCAACGCCAGCCCGCAUGAGCUGGCUUUCCGCUGCGGGGCGCGGGGCUUUGGGCGUGGGCUCCCCCCACGCUGCUCCGCCUCCGAGAGCAGGGCAGCAGGCAUGGCGGGCAGGGCUGCAGCCCAUCCUGGCAGCUACACCGGGGCACUUUGGCCCGCGCCUUCUGCACGGCUGGCCCACCCGCCCUUCUGCUAUGAAGUCUGGACAGAUCCUGGACCACCUGGAGACCUCGGGCUCCCUGCUGAAACAGGGCCCCCUGGCCGAGAUCCCCAAUUCGGCUCUGAAGUCAGAAAAGCUAGAAUACAGAGAGAUUCCUGCAGAGAUCGCUACCUACAAUUCCUGGAGCUGAAGUUGCGCAAGAAGCCACCUCUGGACAAUGCAUUCCCCAAACGGCUAAGACAGUAUAGAUCUAAACUCGUGUUUAAAAUGACAUGUCUUCGUAACAAAAGUUUUCCUCCUUGUGUAUUGAAGACCAUGUUUACGUAUGUGUUUAAAGUUUGGUAAACAUUAACUUUAAGGUUAAAAAUGUAACUUUAAGGCUAUAUUCUUACCAGACAGUUAAAUGAAAAAGGUUUUCAACAUAGUUCUCAUAAAGGUAAAAUCAACUUACAUUUAAAGUCUGAGUUAAAAAUUAGUUAAAAAUCAAUUUAUUUUAACUGUUAGUCUAAAAAAAAGAAAAAAAACCCUGCGCAUACCUAGGGUGUGUCUCCAUCUUCAAUGGGUGUAACAAAAAGUUAAAUAGACUUGUUGAUAUGUAAAACUCUCGAAUCCUUCUCAAUUAGAAAUGGUAGAUUACACAAUGGUUAUGCUAAUGAUUCUCAUGCCUUAGGUGUUUUUUUUUCCUAUGGUUCUUCUGUUUACCUUUCCACAUUUUAUUGUUUAAACUUUAAACAACCUUAAAAUCAUACUAAAAAAGACUUCCAAUUGUAAUAGAGUUAUCAAUUGUAGUAAACUUCUAACCUGCUACAAGUUUUGUUUCAUAAAUAAGUGAAUUGCAGCUGUCAAUUUCUCUACAGAAAAGUGGAAUUCCAACAGUUGACCUUCCUCAUACAACGUUCCACCCCCUGGCAUUCUUCAGUGGACAUCUGCUUUGGACUGACACUUCUAUCGGACUCACUGGUACACCUCUUGGACACUUUACACAACUCUACAGCAGCUUCCCUUUAUGCUGCUGGGUUUCUCAAAGACUGCAGCCAGCUGCCUUGGGACUAUAGGCCAUACCCCCACCCCAUGCAAAGUAAUGCCCACAGAAAAAAAAAAUGCCCGUCGAGGCAAAAGCCCACAGAGGCAAAAAAUGGCCCCCUCAGGCCUUCCCUUGGCAGCACACUGGUUCUUGUUGCUCGCUUACAUGUUCUUCCAUGUUUGUGCCAGUUUCUUUUUUUUAAAUGCCUGUACGAUAUAGGUUUCUGUUCACCCCACACUCCUGAUACUAUGGUCAUUUAGUUAAAAAGAAAAGGGGGAACUGUUGCUAUGCACUCUCCCCCGCCGGGAGAUUUGGUUUAGCCCUUGCUAGUUUUCACACUACUCCCUUCUCCUCGCCCCCUAUCCUACGUACUUCCUGGGUUCCUGCUGUAGCCACCAGAGGAGAAGGAUGCAGGACGAUCUGUGUGGUGAUUAGUUUAGGAGUCCCUCUCUGCCGCCGGAGGAGAAAGAUGGAGGAGCACAUGUUUGCCCACUCGUGAAUAAAGAUUAAACUGCGUUUUCAGAUCAGCCGUGUGUCUCUGGUUGUCUCUGUUACCCGCCCAUGAACCCAGCCGGGUAAAACGACACCAACUGAGCAAACUUU